CAGAAGAAAGGGUCAUCUGAUAACAAUUCACGUAACAUUCUCUCUACCGUUCCAAACACCAUCUAAGUUAGGAAGAGAAAAUGUCACUGAUCCCAAGUUUCUUCGGUAACAGAAGGACCAACGUUUUCGAUCCUUUCUCUCUUGAAAUAUGGGAACCCUUCAAGGAUCUUUCUCUUUCUGCUGAAAAUUCAGGUUUUGUGAGCACACGGGUGGAUUGGAAGGAGACCCCAGAAGAACACGUGUUGAAGGCUGAUAUUCCUGGGCUGAAGAAGGAGGAAGUGAAGGUGGAGAUUGAAGAUGACAAGGUUCUUCAGAUUAGUGGAGAGAGGAACAUUGAGAAAGAAGAUAAGAAUGAUAAGUGGCAUCGUGUUGAACGUAGUAGUGGCAAGUUCUUGAGGAAGUUCAGAUUGCCACAGAAUGUCAAAGUGGAUCAAGUGAAGGCUUCUAUGGAAAAUGGGGUUCUCACUGUCACUAUUCCUAAGGAAGAGAUUAAGAAGCCUGAUGUUAAGCCAAUCCAAAUCUCUGCUUGAAUUGUACGGUGUUGUGCAGCUUGUGCUUGUAAUUUGCGUGCUUUAAUUUGCUUUGUUGUAUUAUAGAGCAUCUUAUUUGUGGUUUAAGAUAUCAUCUAUGUAAAUUGUAAAUGAUAAAGCAAGUAUUUGGUUUUCUGGUUGUGACAUUCAUGUGAAUAAAGAAAUCCUUGUCUUUAGAAAAAUUUACUUUGUUUCAAGUGUUUGUCUGUAUGUGAUGUAGCCAUGGAAGAGAUCAUGCAAUGUGAGUUGUCGUAAGUAAAUCGUGAUCAACUUCUUUCUCUCCCAUCUAUUUGUUUUCUUUUUCACCUUCAUAUUUGGUUCAAACUAUAAUGUAAAUCGUGAUAAAGU